UAUUAGGGAAAAUUUCUCAUGGAAAGGGCUGCCCAGGGCAGUGGUGGAGUGACAUCCCAGCAGGGAUUUAAAAUCCGUGGGGAUGUGGCACUUUGGGGACAUGAGCAGUGCUGGCCUUGGCAGCGCUGGGGGAACAUCCUGCAGUGCUGGUCCCUCAACCCCCUCCCAGGUGCUGUUUGGCGACGGUCACUGCUAAUGACAGCUGGACCCCCCUCCAGCCCCUCCUUGUCCCUAACCCUGUGAAUGGCACCGAAACCGCCUUUGUUCCCCUCCCCGGGGGGCAGGACUCGCCGCCACCACUGCUACAAAAGAGGUGGUGGGGCCGAGCAGCCCCAGCCCUGCUCCCAGUCCCUGUCCCGGUCCCCAUCCCGGCCCCAUUCCCGGCCAUGGGCCGCCCCGCCGCCGCUGCCACCGCGCUGCUGUGCCAGCUGGGCCUCUCCGCAGCCAUCCAGUGGCUCGGGCUGGCGGGCAGCGGGGUGGCCUGGAACGAGAGCCAGCACUGCCGGCUGCUGGUGCCGGAGCAGCUGCAGCUGUGCCGCCGGCACCUGGAGGUGAUGCCCAGCAUCGUCCGGGCCGCCCGCCGGACGCAGGCCCUGUGCCAGCAGAGCUUUGCGGACAUGAGGUGGAACUGCUCCUCCAUCCAGCGUGCCCCCAGCUUCGGCCGCGACCUGCUCACAGGAACCCGGGAAGCCGCCUUCGUGCACGCCCUGGCAGCAGCGGCCGUGGCCCAGGGCAUCGCCCGCUCCUGCGCCUCCGGAGAGCUCCCGCUGUGCUCCUGCGGCCCCGGCCCCUCCGAGCCCCCCGCGCCCGGCUCCCGCUGGGGCGGCUGCGGGGACAACCUGAGCCACGGCCUCCAGCUCGGGGCCGCCUUCACCGAGGGCUCCGCCAGAGCCGGCACCGGCGGCACGCCCGGGCUCAGGGCGGUGAACCGGCACAACGGAGCCGUGGGACGGGCGGUGCUCAGGGACUCCCUGGAUACCAGGUGUAAAUGCCACGGGGUUUCAGGCUCCUGCUCAGUGAAGACCUGCUGGAAAGGGCUGCCAGAUCUGGAUGAAAUCGCCUCUGACCUCAAAUCCAGGUACCUGGCAGCCCUCAAGGUGACCCACCGGCUCGUGGGGCCCAGGAAGCAGCUGAUCCCCAAGGAAGGGGAUGCCAGGCCAGUGACAGAGAUGGACCUUGUUUAUCUCAUCAACUCUCCCGACUACUGCACCCCAAACCCCCAGCUGGGCUCUCUGGGGACACAGGACAGGCCGUGCAACAGGAGCUCCGUGGGCAGUGACAGCUGUGACCUGCUGUGCUGUGGCCGUGGCUACAACACCUACACGGAGGAGGUGACGGAGCGCUGCCACUGCCGCUACCGCUGGUGCUGCUCCGUGGUGUGCAAGCGCUGCCGGCGCAGCCUGCAGAGACACGUCUGCAAAUAAGGAGGAGAGCUCAUGCUGGCACCCACCAGGCACAGCUGGACACCAGGAGCCCAUCCCAAGGGAUGCCCCCUGCAAGGAGGAGGCUCUGCAGGAAGCCUUGUCUCUCGUGGAAAACCUCAGACUGAGAGAUUUUAGGAAGCCUCUGGUCCCCUCCAACCCAGACCUCAGGACAGGACAAAGCUGCCCUCCUGCAGCUGGUCAGUGGCCAGCCCUCUGUCUCCAGCUGGGAGAAGCCAUUGAUCAUUCCACAGGCCCCUUUCUCCUGGGGGAACAGGGACCCUGGGCUGCCAUUGUCCCUUUGCAGGAGGAUUCUGACAGCGGCCUGAAAGGCAGGAGUGAUGGAUGGGAGGGGUGGAGUUAUCCACUGGGAUGGAAUGCUGCUUCGGGUGAGGGGGUCAUGGGCAGCCCCUUUGGGAACAGGAUUCUGCUGUGGGCUCAUCCAGGAUGUUCCUCCUCAGGGGAAAACACUGCUCCAGUGCCCUUUGCAGCAUCUCAUUUGCAUGGAGAUGGUGCUGCUCUGUUGAUGGCAGAGACACCAGGGACAGGAGAGGUCCUGGGGGCUGCCAAAACUGGGCAGCCUGGCAAACCCACACCUGACCAUGUGUUGACAGCCCAGCCAUGGCAUCACUGUAGCUUCUGUCCCCACGUCGGAGGUGGGAGCCCACUCACUCAGUACGUGAAAUUCUCAUGGCUUGUCCUUCCUGCCCCUCCUUCUGGCCCACUGAGGUCUUCAGCCCACUCCUUCCACCCCUCAGGGCCAGGUGUGUUGGAAUUCUGGCCUGGAGAGGGGACACGACUCCAGGGCCUUGGGGAAGCAAGAAAGAAUCUUUAGCCUCUGUACUUCCUGUAAGCGGGAUUCUGGUGUGGGAUUUUAAAUAAAUAUGUUAUAAAUA